CUCUAUCUCUUUUCUGAGUUUUCUGUCUCUUUCCUCUUUCAUUUCAUGAACUUUUUAAAUGAGAAUCAAGAAGUAUUUUCUCAAGGAAGUUUAAUCUUCGAUCAUCGUAAAAUAACUCAUUUAUUUCGUUAGUAUCAGACCCUAUAUCUCAUCAAAAUGCCGCCAAAAUUCGAUCCCUCCGAGGUAAAAUAUGUUUAUUUGAGAUGUGUUGGAGGAGAAGUAGGAGCUACUUCCUCUUUGGCCCCCAAAAUUGGUCCUCUGGGUUUGUCCCCCAAGAAAGUUGGUGAUGACAUUGCCAAAGGCACUGCUGAUUGGAAAGGGUUGAAAAUAACAGUUCAACUAAAAAUUCAGAACCGUCAAGCAACAAUUUCUGUUGUACCUUCAGCUGCUUCCCUCAUUAUAAAGGCACUCAAAGAACCUCCACGUGAUAGGAAGAAGCAGAAAAACAUUAAACACAAUGGAAACAUUUCUUUUGAUGAUAUUCUGAGUAUUGCUAGACAGAUGAGGCCUAGAUCAAUGGCCAAGAACUUAUCUGGGACUGUAAAGGAAGUCUUAGGAACUGCCCAAUCAGUAGGUUGUACCAUUGAUGGUAAAAAUGCACAUGACCUAAUAGAUGAAGUUAAAGAUGGUUCUCUUGAAGUGCCAGAAGAAUAAUUGAAUAAAUCUUUCUAAGGUCUGAGUAUUGUUUUAUUCUUAAUAAAAAAACAUUGAAUUAUUUUCUUUAAUAAAAUUGGAGUUCAAUUUUUACUUUAUGUAGGCGACCCGAUUUCCCAAUAAAAUGAAAUUUUGGAUAGGAUAUUUCUUGGCUAGAUUCUGGACUGAAUUUCUACUCUACAUUGCCACAGUUACGUCAGUUACACAAGGACUUUGAACUUU